UAUCUUAAAGUCAAUCAUUCUCUUCUCCCCCCACCCCAAUCCCCAAACCCUUGCUGCCGCCGCUAGAAAAGUCGCACAUCGGCGGCGAGGGAGGAGACACCGAAGCUGCCGUUGCAGGAUAGUGGUAAGCGGAAGAGGAGCGGUUUCGACUGUAAUAGUAGCAGUAGCAGCAGUAGGAGGAGGAGAAGGAAGAGGAAUCAAGGAGAGAAAGAGAGCGAGAGAGAGGGCGGAGGCCGUGAUGGCGUCAUCGGGAAUGGAGGCAGCUGUGGACGGGCCAGUGCAGAACCUGAUGAGCAAGCGCCUUCGGGCCCUGCGCAAGAAGUACAACCGCAUCCUGCAGAUGGAGGAGAGCCUCGCGCAGGGCAAGCCCCUCAACAAGGAGCAGGAGGAGGUCCUCCGCUCUAAGCCCGCCAUCACCGUUCUCAUUGAUGAGUACGAGAAGCUCCGCCAACCCCUCGCCGUCGCCGUCCAAGAGGAGCUCGCACGCGCCGCCGCCGCCUCUCCACCUCCUCCCCCCGCUCCCCAAGAAGAACCCACUGCUGCCCCUUCCGCGGACGACGACAAGGAGGAGCUUGGUCCCGCCGUCGAGGACCUCUUGACCUUGCUCUACUUCGGCUGCCUGUUUGACGUCAAGCCGCAGAGCGAGUUUGCGGCGACGAUGCUGACAAGGACCCACGAGCGUGGUUGCUGUUUGACGUACGACUACGUGACUGACGACGCCACCGAUCUACUGGGGGAACAGGACCUCGACGCGAUCUCAGCGAUUGGCUCCCUCGUCACCUCGCGGCCGGUCUACUCUGGGAUCUCGCACAAGAACGCCCUCCAGGUCUGCCUCCAGCAUGCGAAGCUUUGGCUGCUGAACGUUGAUCAGCCCAUUCAUCCGGGUUCUUCGGUUACCUAUGCUGGAAUGAGGGAGAAGUUGAACAAGAUUCUGGCUUCAGACUAUUUCACCACUACGCCGGAGAUGAAAGCCCCUGGGGAUGUGGCAGCAGCAGUGGGGAAAUACGGCGCUGCUUGUCAGGUGCAGAUCAGUGAGUCCACCACCAUGCCUUCACCCAUGGUUCAAACUGAAGAUUCCUCUGUUCCAGUCGGUUAUCAGCUCAAGGAGGAUGAGCAACAAGAAUUUCGAGAAAUGGAAGCUCACCUUGAUAAUGAAGAGAAUCUUGUUGAUGAAUCUCUGAAGAUGGAUGAACCAGACACGGGCUCUCCUGUGGAUGCUGCCUCUGACCAACAGGAUCAGCAAAAACUAGAAGUAGAAAUGGAGGAACAAAACCUGAGGGACACAGAGAAGAAAGAACAACAUAAUCCCCGGAGGUCCUAUCACAACCAGAGAGGGGCAACUCGCGGUGGUGGAGGUAGUGGAGGUCGGAGGGGUUAUGCAAAUGGUCGUGGUGGCCGAGGUGGGGGUGGUGGCUACCAGAAUGGACGGAGCCAGUAUUAUGACUCUGGCUACCAUCCCAGAAACUAUUAUAACGCAAGGGGUAGAGGCGGCCGGUCUAGUGGUUCAGCUGUGUACACUAAUCAUGGAGGUCAUACCUCUGCAAAUGUUGAGUUGGACACUAGUGCCUAGAUUCUGGACCUUCUGUUUUGGCUAGUCUUUUGAAGCAGUAGCUAUUUUACUUGAGGGGUACUGUUGAAUCUAAAAACUGUGCUUCCUUUUAAACUAGUCACUGUUGUAUCUGGGGAUUAUGAUUAUAUAUCAGAUGCAUCUCUUUGAACUA